CCUGCACGUGACGCGAACAGACAGCCGGCGCGGCGGUCCGAUAUCGCGGUAUCCAUCGUGACAUGUGGCGACAUAGGAUUUUUAAGAAUAUUAUCGUAAUGGAUUCAUCAGAACUGUGAAAGUUUCCAUCUUAUCUUAAAAAGCUCACCUCUUUAAAAUGGAUAAUGAACAAAGACCUCUCGUGAAUAGCGGAAGAAUAGCAGUGUCCACGAAAAUCGCUUAUGCUCUUGGACAUAUUUUCAAUGACCUAGCAGCUGCUAUGUGGUUCUCCUAUACCUUAAUCUAUCUGCAACGAGUUGCAUUAUUAGAGCCUAUCGUCGCUGGUGCGAUUUUACUCUUAGGACAAGUAAUCGAUGCCAUUAUGACACCCAUAUUUGGUUUCCUAAUUGAUCACUAUUGCAAGAAAAAAAUUUGGCACAUUAUUGGAUCCGUGAUGGUCACUCUAUCCUUCCCCGUAAUAUUCGGCGGUUUUGUCAAUUCAUCUACUACAAUUGCGAUGCUUUUAUAUGUAACGAGUAUUACGAUAUUUCAAAUUGGUUGGGCAGCCGUACAAAUCUCUCAUUUAUCGAUGAUCCCCUCGUUAACUAAUUCCGUCCUAGCUCGAGCAGAUUUAACCGCAAUAAGAUAUUCUGCUCAAGUUGGUGCGGCUGUGAUAGCUUUUGUAGUAACAUGGAUAAUUCUACCAACUAGUGGCGAAUCGAUGGUUCAAUUGGAUCAGCAAGAUGACUAUAAAUUCAGAAAUAUCGUUCUGGUCCUCACAGCUUUCGGUUUGACUGCGACUGUCUUUUUUCACAUUUUCCUGAAAGCGAAUCUCUUGGAACAAACAAUAUACCUAAAACCGGACAUUGAAAAGUCAGUUAAGCCGUCGAAUGUUUCAUUGAAUCGUCAAAUAUCAUGGAUCGACGUCAUGGUUUUAUUAAGAGUCGCGAUGCUAUACGUGGCGAGCAGAUUAUUUAUCACUCUCGCUACGAUAUAUUUGCCGUUGUAUAUAGAAGAGACAAAAGUUAAUGGUAAGCAAGCAUUGGCCAGUGUGCCGUUAGUAUCAUAUGUAUUCUCAUUCACGGCCGCUUUGCUACUCAAAUACCUCAACAGAAUUUGCAGUACCAAGGCUUGCUACUUUUUCGGCGCUAUAAUUGGUAUGACCGCCGCCGUUGUCACGGAAUUUGUCGGAAAUAACUCAACAGUCGUAUACAUCGUCGCCAUAUUAAUUGGCGUGGGAAGCUCUAUCACGAUGGUCACCGCAUUGAGCGUCACCGCCGAAUUAAUCGGCUGUCGAACGGAACGUAGCGCGUUCGUAUAUUCAAUCGUCACUUUCCUCGAUAAAAUCAUCACUGGUCUCGUAGUGAUAUUCAUCGAGAAAUUGAGAUGCAACAACAAAGAACUUUGUCCUACUUAUAAUCGAGAUACAUUGUCCAUUGUUUGUGCUUCCUCAAUGAUACUGGGACUUAUAACUUUGCUAUCUGUAUCGCGUUCUCUUACUUAAGAUAUUAACGAAUUAAUUUUUUUUUGUAUUAUAUGUCGUAUAAACCACGGUUGGGAAAAGGUAUUUUUAAAAAAUAAUAUAAUAUGUUACCGUUACCGUUAUUUGCGGUAAAAAGUAUAACUCGUUACCGUUAGUCAUUAUUACUGAGUCUAAAAAGUAACGCAUUAUCGUUAAAAAAUCGUUACUUUUCGUUACUUUUUUCGUAAUUAUGCAGGAGACGGACCUACUCACCGAUUUUGAUAAAAUUAGGGUCAUUCAACGUAUUUUCGCAUGAAAUGAACGAAUCUGGCAGAAAAAUCAGUGUCGCUCUGUUCGUGUGAAAACGCGUUGAAUAUACGAUACCCUAAUUUCGUCAAAAUCGAUGAAAAAGCCUGUCUUCUGCAUAAUUGCGCUUUUUUUUAAAUGUUAAAACAGGCUUCUAAGACAGAAUGGUG